CGCCGCAUGUUUAUUUCUUCGGAAUAUUCGUUUUUGUUUUCAAUGCUUUAAGAAUUUUCAAAAAUAUGACCUCAUCUAGGAAAUCUUCUGUUGGUGGUACGAAAAAAAGAACCAGUCUCAAGAUAGAGCUUUCAGCAGAACAAAAGAAAGAUAUUCAAGAUGCUUUCAAUUUAUUUGAUCCUGAAAGCUCAGGUUUUAUUGCUACCAGAGAUUUGAAGGUUGCUCUGAGAGCAUUGGGGUUUGAACCUAAAAAGGAAGAAAUAAAGAAAAUGGUAGCAGAAAUUGAUAAAGAUAACACUGGAAAAAUAGCCUACGAUAAUUUUUACAAGUUAAUGGCUGAAAAGAUCAGUGACAAAGGUGCUAAUCAAGAAAUAAUGAAGGCCUUCCAACUAUUUGAUGAUGAUAACACUGGUAAAAUUUCUUUUGCAAAUUUGAAGCGAGUUGCCCAAGAGCUUGGUGAAAACAUCAGCGAUGAAGAACUAAGGGAGAUGAUACAGGAAGCAGAUAGAGAUGGAGAUGGUGAGGUGAACCAAGAAGAGUUUUUGAGGAUAAUGAAAAAGACCUGCCUUUACUAAUGGAUCAUUUAAAAAUACAGUAGGCUCUCUCUACUUCAAGACAUAAGGGACCGGACACCCGUCAGAUUAUAGAGAAUGUUUGGAAUAUGGAGAACAAAUAGACAUUACAUAAUUAUAUAAUAAUAUAUGUGGGAAACAAGCUAAUAUUACUUUUAACAGAAAAAUGUGUUAAAAUGUGGAGUCAAAGUUCAUUAAUCUUGUACUGAGAGGAAAGAAGGGGAGGGUGAGUUUUCAACAGGAAUGAAUGAUUCACUAUCAAAUAGCAUUUUCCUACAGGUGUGUUGGAUUAAUGGGAACAUCAGAGUAAUGGCUGUUGAAUUAGAGAGAGUCUACUGUAACUGCUUGUAUAUACACACUUCUCUUUUGAUAUCAUUCAUGUAUAUAAAUGCUCACUUUGAACCAUAUCAUAUAUUUUAUUCAGAAAUUUAUAUCUUCCAUCAUAUAUACUUUCUAUUUUUUUUAAAGUUACAGUUUUUGUAUAUUAUAUAUCAAGCAAUUUUGUUCUAGUGUUUAUUGAAUUAAUUACCUGAUCCUGAUAUGCCUUGGAAUGAGAUUAAUUUUAUUUUAAUUAUAUGUUUAAUAUAACCAAUUUCUCUACCUUUAAUACAAUUCAGUAUUAACAAUAUGACUGUUUAGAUUAUUUCAAUGUAAUCAGUUUAAGCUGAUCAAUUUAUUUGUGGAAUACAAUGCAAAGAACAUGCUUUGAAUUUUCUUUCAAUUAUGUAAGAUGUAUUUCUUUAAUUAACAGGCAUUUUAUGUAAACAGUUUAUAAUUGUGCUAAAAAUUCUGGUUAAUAUUUCAAAAAGGGUAGAUUAAAGUAAUUAUGAUAUUGGAAUUAUUAUACUUUAUUAUUAUUUAUUUCUGACAUGAAUGUAUAUACCUCUUAAAAAUGUAUUGCUUACAGAUUAGACCAGAUUUAAUAAGUUGAUGUAUAGCAAUAAAUAAUUUGAUAAUGUAUUAUACUUACUGCUUUUGAAAAUUUUGAAGAGAAGUUCUAAACAAAAUAUGGGUUCUGACGUCAAAGUUUUAAGUUAUUUGUGAACAAUAUAUUUUCAAACAUUUUUUUUUUUUUGAAAAUUAAAUUAAAAGUUUCAAAUAUUUAUAAAGAAUUAAAUUUAAAAUUCUGUUAUGCAUUAUUCAAUUUCAUUAAUUCAUGAUAGACAUGCUGAUCAAAAGUAUAUGAUUCAACCUCAUUUUUUAUACUAGUUAUUAUUACAUAGUAUUAUCAAAUAUUAUUUGAUGUAUUUAUUUGAGAAAAAUACUAAUAAUAACACUGUGUUCAUGUAUAAUAUCCCACCAAAGUUUUUCUGCUAUUCUAUUUCCAAAAGCAAAAAUUUUAGACAACUAAAAAUAGAUAGAGCAUUGUAUUUCAAAUUCUGUAAUAUAUUUUGCAUUUUGAAUUUCAGUUGGGUAAUUCUUCGACGUGAAUAAGACUUAGCAAUAAAAGUUUGUUCCUUUUUUAAAGUACAAAGUGUUACUGAAGUGCCAAAAUUUGUUUAUGAAUAUUGAUAAUGAAGCAAUACAUUCCACAUGCAUUGGCUUCACAGAAAAAUAAAUUAUUAUUGAUAUAGAGUUAAUUUUAACUUUCCUGCUGACCCUUAUUAACAUUUAAAAAAAAAUACAUGGGAGGAGUAGUCUAUGUUGUUCAAUUUUACAGCUUUAUUGCUCAUUUAAUGCUUUGUAUUUUAGUAGAUAAGUUUUGGGCUACUAAAACCAUUCAUAAUACAUGUCUUAUAUUUUCAGAUAUAAAAGAAAAAGGAUGAGGUAAUGAUAUUAUGGUGAAUGUAGUUAAGUACUUAUAUAUUUUCAAGUAGUAUCAUUUUGAAUUUGGUACUAAUCAUUCUUUUUUUGUUGUUGUUGUUGUUGUUGUUGCAUACAUUUGUAUGUUACUACAUACUAUUUGUAGCACUUUCCAGGUUAUAUUAAAUGCUUACAUGCAUGUUUUGUUGUCUUCACAUUAUUUGCAUUUUUUUGAAAAUGCUUGUAGUUUUUUUACACAAUAAAACUUAAUUUCAUAUUACGUUUAAUAAGUUUGUGCGGUAAUUCAAGGUUAAAUAUCACUGUUUUUUCUCAGUAAUAUUUGAAAACAUUGAAAUGCAAAAUAUAUAUUUAUAUUAAAUACUUAAUUCAUAAAGUUCCUCCUUAUAAUGGGUAUAAUAUCUGCUAAAAUUAAUUUUUUAAAAAGUAGUGUAAUAUUUUUGAAAUAUAUUUAAUAUUUUUUGUGGUUUGAUUUUGGAUUGAUAGUUAUUAAUUUUAUUAUAAUAGGUAUGAUAUGAAUUUUAAAUUUCUUUAAAAAGUAGUCUCUUAUAUUAAAAAUAUGCCUAAUAUAAAUUUUUCCGUGCUUUCUUAUGGGAGUGAUACUAUAAAUUGUCUUAAAUAUAUUAAAGAUUAUACUAUGAACUAUUAAUUCAUUCUACCAAAAUAUUUUUGUAUUUAUUUAUUUGAAUAUAUUUCUUAAACAUUAUAUAAGCAAAGAGGUGUUUUUUGAAGUAGUACAAAACUUUUUUUCAUUUUGUGUCCCAGUUAU